GAGGACUACACAGCGAGACUUCAAAAGCUGACAGCCGGAGAUCAACACUGUAAAGUGGUGCCAAUAACAUCAGACAGACGUGUCGGGAGCGUGAAGAGCCCUGAGGUCCUGUGCCAUUAUAACAGUACACAGCAGAACAAUGUAAAAGAUGUUACUCUAAGAUUUUAGCGAGCUGACAGGGUGAAGCUUCCGGUGGGUGUUCUCGGUCAAAAUAAAAGCUGGGUAGCCAAUUGUUCAGUUGUUCAUUUUCUGAGACAUCUCAAUUUUCUUCUACCUGACGUUUGAGACUAGAAGCAGACUGAACAUCCGAUUUCACAUAAUCACAGAAAUGACCUACUUAACGACCCAAGGCAAUCUCGGUUACACAGUUAUGGACUGUGUUAACUCUUGCGUAGAAUGGAUGUAAAGUUAAUAUCUGCACGUGCACUGGUUGACCGAUGGCAGUCAAAAUCAUGGACUGAUUACAGAACUGAAAUGAGCUCACUGUUGGUACUCGGGCAUUACACACCACAGAACAACAGUAGUAGGCUGAUGUGGUUAGUUCAGCACCGUUCAAUCAAAUCACUUUUCUUUCACACCAAUGUAGAAAAAGACAUUUAUGCAGAAAACUAUUUUCAGCAGGACAAAAAUAGCACACUGACUGACAGUUAACGCAACAGAUUGUCAUCUGAUCCUCGAACCGAAUCCUGAUCGGAACAUGUGUUCACACUAGCAUAUUAAAAACACAGAUAUACCAGGCACUGAUAGAUUUAGAGGAUAUCCCAAAGACCGCCUGUUUAGUGGACUUUUAUUCCCGUUUUAAGACUCAGUGGUGAAUUCGCACACCGGAUAUGCCCGGUUACAUUUGAUAAGCAGGCGCCUGUCAUGCGAGGAGCGGUGGGUCCAGUCCAGUCAUGACAAAAUGGCGAGCGGAGUUGGCAGUAAGUAAUUCUGGGUGCAUUUUUAACCACUGUGGGAUUGCGAUGUGGAAGCGGGGAGGGCUACUGUUGUGAAAGCUGCGGGCAUUUAUGAAAGCCUCACUGAUGCUUUCAUACAUGUCCGAUGCAGCUGUCUGCAUGCGCAUCUCGCAGGAAUCGCAGUCAUCAUAGAUGAGAAUGAUAUUCAUUGGCUGAAGCGCAGGAGACUCCAAGAUGACAGCUAACGAGCACAAGUUGCUGCUGGGCCCACCCGAGCCUUGGUCCAUUAGAGAGAAGCUGUGCCUGGCCUCCUCCGUCAUGAAGAGUGGAGACCAAAACUGGGUGUCCGUUAGUCGAGCCAUUAAGCCGUUUGCAGAACCUGGACGACCCCCGGACUGGUUCUCUCAGAAGCACUGUGCAUCACAGUACUCAGAGCUCCUGGAGAGCACAGAGGCCCCAAAGAGGAAGCGAGGUGAAAAGGGAGAGGUGGUGGAGACAGUGGAGGAUGUCAUUGUGCGAAGGCUCACAGCAGAACGGAUUGAGGAGCUAAAGAAGCUUAUCAAAGAAACUCAGGAGAAGCACAGGAAGCUGAAAAGAGAGGCAGAGCUGAUCCAUGCAGGCCACCUGGACUCCAAAUUAGAAGAAUUAUGGGGAGACAUUGUACAGAGCAGAAAGCAAGAGGAGGAAGAGGCCGAAGUGAAGAGAAAGGCAACAGAUGCAGCCUAUCAGGCCAGACAGGCAGUGAGGAACACUCCGAAACGGCUUUCAGGUUUGACCAUGCGCUCGCCCUCUGGGGCCGCCUCCCCAGGCUUGGACUUCACCCUUGGAGACUCAUGUGAAGAGCUUGGCAUGGCUGGUGCAGGCUCUGCAGUGUUCACCCCUGUGGCAGAGCUUCCAGGAGCCGGGAUUGUGGAAGCAGGGCUGAGCUCUCUGCUGGAAGACUGCUCAGGUCAGAAGAAGCUGCUGGGUCAGAAAGCCACGCCACCACCCUCACCCCUGCUGUCUGAGCUGCUGAAGAAGGGCAGUCUCCUCCCCACCAGCCCAAGACUGGUAGCAGACGGGGAAUCUGGUCAGAUUGCAGGAAUCCAGGAACCACAGCUCACAGCCUCUGCACUACCUGCUUCCCAGGCAGUGACCGGUGCUCCCACGCUGUCUCGUCUGCUGGAAGCUGGCCCCGCCCAUUUUCCCUCUCAGCUGAGCUCACUGGCUACUGCAGACUCCACCUCCAGUGCUGCCCCACCUGCUGCUGUAGCACCUGCUGUGGACACCUCUGCUUCUCUAGACACAGCAGGAGAGGAUGACGGACACUCAGUGGAGAGUAAAGCAUCAGUGUUGGAGGAAGAGGACCUGGUCACUGUGUCUUACAUGGCUGAUGAGCUGGAUUUGGAGACAGUAGGAGACAUCAUAGCUAUCAUUGAGGACAAGGGUGAUGAGAAUGCAGAAGCUCUAGAUGCAGCGGCAGUGGAAGCAGCUCUGUCUCUGUGUGAGGACACAGGCCACGCCCUGUCGGGUCACUGGGAGUCCAGCUCUUUUAAGUCUGUGGGUUCUGAGCCAUCUAACACUGCAGACUCUCUGGUCAUUCCCUCACUGCACCCUGCCCUGGAGGGGAGGAGGGAAGGUGUGGGGGUCAGACAUGAGCCCUGUGGCUCCAGUGAGGGCUGUGGACAGGGCUACCCAGCCCGCUCCUCCUCCUGUUGCACUUCAGGAGAGCUGGAGCACACUCAGAUACCAGGAGUUCACUCUGAAACAGACCCAGUACCAGAACACACAUACAAAGAAGGAGGCCAGCAUACAUCACCACCUGUCACAGCUAAGAGUGAGAAAGCUGAAUGGCCACAGUCCCAGAUAGAGUCUCACAUGGACAGUGAUCCUACAGCAAGACAGCACUCCAAGCAGGAAGUGAAGGAGGAAGAAGACGAUGAGGAUGAAGGAGUGAGUGAUGCUGAAGAGAGCAGUGUGUUGGAGACAAAGGCAGGGUUAGCAGGAGACAGGGGUGAAGAGUGUGGGGGCGAUGAGGAUGGGGAAGGGGUGGAGGGGUAUCUGUCUGAGGCAGAGGGGGAGGCAGAGCUGGAGCCUCCGGUCAGUGAGAGUGAAGAUGGCUGUAGCAUGCACACGGCCUCCUCCUCCUUACAGCUCCAUACCACCGCAGACUCCAUCCCCAGCAGCCCUGCCUCCUCACAGUUCUCUAUAAGCAGUGAGGAUCAGGAGGCCAUUCAAGCACAGAAGAUCUGGAAGAAAGCAAUCAUGCUGGUGUGGCGGGCAGCAGCCAAUCACAGGUAUGCUAAUGUCUUCCUGCAGCCAGUGACGGAUGACAUCGCCCCUGGUUAUCACAGUAUUGUACAUAGGCCCAUGGACCUGUCCACCAUAAAGAAGAACAUUGAAAAUGGACUGAUCAGAACCACAGCUGAGUUCCAGCGUGACAUCAUGCUGAUGUUCCAGAAUGCAGUGAUGUACAACAGCUCAGACCACGAUGUCUUCCACAUGGCUGUGGAGAUGCAGAGGGACGUGCUGGAGCAGAUCCAGCAGUUUCUGGCCACUCAGCUCAUCAUGCAGACCUCAGAGUCAGGCAUCAGCGCCAAGAGCCUGCGUGGCCGAGAGGCCAACCGCAAGCAGGACCCCAACGACAAGGACAGUGUUCCCAUGGCCUCUCCUGCCUUCCUUCUCUCUCUUUUUGAUGGAGGUACAAGAGGCCGGCGCUGUGCUAUAGAGGCCGACCUGAAAAUGAAGAAGUGAUCAAUAAGACCAACUGUGGACUCCACUCCAUGACUAGUGACAGAGCCAUUAAGACAGUUAGAGUGUCUCUCUCUCUAAACUUUAUUGCUUGUCUCCCACUUCACCUCGGUAAACACUGCACUUGCACCCAAUGGAUUUGACUGGAGUUUUGAGAACAGGUAUUUGUGCAACAAGAGGAACCAUGUGGCAUCUCUGUUAAGGACAGGACUGUCCUGCAGUAUGUGUGACUUUGUCUGUCCUGAUAACGAAUGGCACAAGUAUGGUUCAUUGUAUAGUUUGUCCAGAAGAUACAGAUGAAAUGUAUGAGUAAAAUAAAAAUAUGAUAACCGGGAACGUAGCAUAACCUUUGCAGGACUCCUUAGGUGAGAAAAACGUGUGUUAACACAGAAAAUUAACCUCCCAGCAGUUGUAAACGUGCCAAGACAGUAAGGAGAGGAGUAAAUGAGGAAGAGAGAAGCCUCAGCAUCUUUCUAUUUCUAACUCAUGGCAGAGGGAAGCUGUAGUGAAUGACACUGGCAUACAACUUGUGUGAACAUUUGCACAGGAGAAAGCUUACACAAUUUUAGAAUGAUGAAAUUCAGGAGAACGAAGCAAUGCUCAGUGUUUUAUUAAACCAGCACAAAAUCUUACUCAGCACCAACUAACUUGGCCGUAGAGUGCCAACAGGGCAACAUGGCUACAGCUCACACAUUAUUUAAAUUAGCCUCUGCCCUUCCAAGCUUUUCCCAUUACAUCCUUUAGGACAUUAGCCUGGCUCUCAGGCCCCCAUGUGAGCUAUAUUAAAAAGGCUAUCACAUUUUGAACUUCUUGACUAGUGCUGACUAAUCUGAGGUACAACAUAUGACCAGCUUUACAACUGAAAAGUUACAAGUAAUUCCUUUGUGCGUAGGCUAUAAGCAAGAGCUCUAAAAUAAAUUUAACCUGACUUUGCUGUGUUGAACACUGUAUAACACAAAGCAAAGGGAAUCUCCCACUGGGCUGCAUGCAACACAAAAUUUUGGAAUUUGGUAAGAGUAAAAUGUAUAAAUGAAUCUACGAAAAAAAAAUAUAUAACUGAGAUAAUGGCUUUUGGCAAGAUUUCAGAACACAGACAAAAGACAUUUUUCCCUCUCCACAACACAAGACUCUUAACGAGACUGAGUUAAUGCCUUGUGAUGCUAGACCUCGGGAGCAUUGUCAAGAAUUGAUACAUCACUUUCACUUAUUUAAAUAUGUGAAAGUUGAUUCAAGUUUGUACACAAACACUUCUGGAAGAGCUUUUUGAAGCAUUUAUGUUUUUCGACCCUGUCGUUUGCAACCGUUCAACUUUAGCCAAUGUGGGGGGGGGAAAUGUAUUAAUCUUAGUGUUCAACUGAAAGCUUUUCAGUGUCAUUAGAUACACCUAAAAAUAACUCACUUCACAUAAACAAAGAAAAUAAAUAAGUUAAUUUUUUUUAGUCAGUAUUAUUUGAAGUCAGUUAAAUAAACAAUAGUACUAAUGAAACUCAGGCAGGCAUCCAAUAAAGUGGGAGUGUGAACAGGAGGAUCUCUAGCAUCAACCCUGUCAGCAAGCCUGGAGCCUAAGUUCCUUAAUGUAAGGAAAUAAAACCCAGCUCUGGCACAAACACACACACAAACACACCCUCUGCAAGGAGGCCUCUCUGUUGCAGAAGACUGAAUUUAUCGCUCCCAGCAGCUCCAGUGUAAUUCAGCAUGCUAGUGGCCUUUUCCCCAGGCAGCAGGGCAAAAGGCACCAUGCUCUCACCUAAAUACAUCUCAGACCACCUCUCUACUUGCAUCAUCUCUCCCUUCCAAGAAAGUGACCUGCACAGAUUAAUUCAAAAUUAAUCACUGACAGUAAGAACUCUUUUGGGGGAGAGCAUGCUGGGAGAGAAGCCCACUCUCAGUCACCCCUCUGGCGGCCCAAGAAGCGGUGCAGCUUCUCGCAGUGGUCCAGCUUCAUGGUCUCGGCCUUCUGCUUCAGCCGUUCAUCCCGAUAAAGCUGGCCCAAAUUAGCCAGGUCCGACUCUGCAAGAGAGGAACACACAAGCACACACUGUACAGUUUGUACAAGGAAGUACAGACAAUCUAUUCACAUCCUCAGACAUUCUGAGGCUGAGAUUAGGUUGUUGUUUACAGCGCUACACUGACCUGUACUAUUUCUUUGCACCUGAAACUGCCCACAGCUAUAUAGAUUCUGUCAGUUCCAUUCUGAUUGGCUACCCGUACAUCUGUGUGAAUGUACUUUCGUGCAGUGGGGUUUGUCUGCCAAACAGGAAACAAAUUUUGUGGCCUGCAUUGUGCACUAUAACAACAAGCCUUUUGGAGCGAGAUAUAGUCACUAGACUAUUGCACUCUUGCACAUUUGCAGAGACACACUGAUGUUCACUGCAGGUUUGUUUUUCUUGUAGGCCCGUUUUGAAAAUCACCUUGCUACUGCAACUGUCAGUGGUUGAUUCUCUUGCACGCCAAUCCAAUGGCCCUGUUCUCUCAAAGCAGACAGUUCUUGGCCACAUUAAGGGACAAAAAUCACCAGAGUCAGAUGAUAGCAGAAGCCUAAUGACAAUUUAACAAGCCAAAAAUAGCUACCAGAUUUUCAUGCAUAUGCUAUUUGUCAUUCACACAUAAAUCCUGCAUAAGUUUAGGAAAAAAAUCAAGGCAAUGAUACAAUUUCACAAAUUCAGUAAAGUCAUGAACAUUUUAUGUCUACUAUAAGGAUUCAUUAAAAUAAAAUUCUAGUACUUAAUGGGGAAAUGGUGAAUUGCAAUGCUGUGAUUGCACACUUGGACAUAUAAAUCAAUGGCCAUGCAGGAUACUUAAGCUUUUAGCUUUUACUGUACUGGCAGGCUAUAAUAUGGGGUACAUAAUUUUUUCCUAAUUUUGUAUGGAAGCUUAGUUAAAGAAGAUUAGUUGUAAGUAAACCACUAUAAGGCAGUAACAGACAAUUAUCCAUGUUCUAGUAUUAUUCUUAUUUAGAAGUUUUCAUUUACUCUACUUAUCGCAAAGUUUUGCCAGCAAUACAUUCAGAGACUUUGGCGAUGUCCUCUUCAACCCAUUUCAAUCUAAUCAUUAAAGCAGUUAUGGUGUGUGCCAUCCACUGUGAGCAGAACAAAAUGCAUUAGCAUGGAGAAUUUUUGUUUUGAUUUUUGUUCCAACUCUGUUUUCUAUCACUAUAUAACAGAUGCACUAGGCACCUUUAUUUUUGGAUACACUAUCAUGUUUCCCGAGAAUUCUGAUCGGUAAACACUUGUUAAGCACUUACUGAUUUAAUUCUUCAGAGUAACAAUAAAAUCCAAGUGAUAUGUGACAUUUCUAUGCACAUAUUUUUUCGUUCUAAAAGGCAGUUUGUGACAAUCUAGUUUUGGUUAUGUUAUACCACAUUCUUUACAUAUCAACAGCAACAACAACUUUAAGAAAUCAUGUUAUUAACAGAGAUCAGUAGAUUAAACAGCAGAAGUAGCCAUUUUUUGUGUCUCUUGAGGGGUUAGGAGAACCAUACAUCAAACACAACUUGGCAAUCGUGCACUAACAUAUCAGUGUAAUUAAAUGGAAUUAAAAAGA